AUGGGCUGCGUUUGCACCAAAACCAUGAAGAAGGUGGCCCAGGUUAUUAUUGAGAAGUAUUAUACCCAACUGGGCAAUGACUUCCACACCAGCAAGUGCGUGUGCAAGCAAAUCACCGUCAUCCCCAGCAAGAAGCUCUGCAGCAAGAUGGUAGGUGUCACGUACCUGAUGAAGCGCAUCCAGUGAGGCCCUGUGAGAGGCAUUUCCAUCAAGCCCCAGGAGGAGGAAAAGAAGGAGGAGGAGGAGGAGGAGGAGGAGGAGGAGGAAAGGGGAACCACUUAUACCCUUGAAGUCUUGACCCUGGAUCAGGAGAUCAAAGUGGACGCCAACACCAAGUUGAUGCUGAAGCUUUUGGACUUCAGCAGCCUGUCCAACCUGCAAGUCACUCAGCCCAGUGUUGGGAUAAACUUCAAAAUGCCCCAGGGAGCCAGCGGAACUUUUCGCUUCACUGUCAGAUUUUGA